UUAUUAUUCGACUAUAAGUCAGGAAAGUAAGCUGUAAUCAUAUUUUAGCCUAGAAGUUUUGCUGCUGUUGUCCGCACAAAAGUCCAAGGCUUUUUUUCAGACGCGAUUCCGGAUCUUACUCGGAUGAAAGAAGGAAGUUGUUUGGGCCGGGUGGCGGGCCAGUUGAGACAGAGACUACUUUGAAUUAUUUCUCCUUUUGCAUAUAUUUAUGUGAUUCUGCUGAUGCAGGUGUCAUGGCGAGCACUAUCAUACCGGCAUACUCCCCGUACACGGCGCAUGGAGACAUCCCAACUCCGGCUCUUGUAUUUCCAAAAUAUCGUACCAAACGGACCGGUCCGACGGGACAGCCUUACGUAACCACGGCGUUAGACCCAGUUUCCCGAUUCGCCACAUCGAAAGUCCGUCCUACGACCUCAGCACCCAGUAUACUUUCAACAUCAUCUUUGACUCCAACAUCUCGUUUGACUACCAGUCGGCCAACACCAAAACCAAAAAUACCUGUGCCGGUCAACACCUCAAAGAAACCGCCGUCCUCAACCUAUCAUGUCACAACCUACCAAGGAUCCGCACCAAGACCUACAUCACAGGAGGGCGUACAGGGUGUCAAUUAUGUAGCUAUUGCACUUGGAAUCAUCCUGGUACUAUCGUAUGUUGUCUUCAUCUUUGUAUACCUCCGUCGUCGGAGACCUAACCGGUUGGGACGCAAAACCAAAGACGCAGAGUUCAAAGAGUCAGCGUUCUCUCCGUCAGCAUCACCACAUCCUUCAAAGCUAAAGAUCCUUGCAGAGACGAAGACCUUCGGUGUGCCACAUGGCAAGGAGGCACAGCUUCAUCAAGAGCAGCAACCAAACAGACCCCAGGUUGAAGAAGGUGGCUACACAUCACUGCUGCCUGUGAAUCAGCCAGUAGACGGCGAUGGGGGAAUCCUCAAGGUGGCCCUUGCUACUCAUUGGUCUAAUAGGAAGGCCGGACAAUUGGAGGAUACGCCAGACAGUGACGGAUACGAGAUCGUCAAGACUGCCCGUCCUUCUCCUGUGCCCAUCGGCAAGGUUCGUCAGACUGGUCAAAGGACGGGAGACGACGGGUACGAGAAUACCAAGACCACUCGUCCCAUCCCCGUGCCUAAACUCAAGGCUCGCCCGGUGAGGAAAGCAGUAUACAAUGACGGGUACGAAAACACCAAGAGGGCACGGCCCAUGCCGAUGCCUCAAGGAAAGGGUCGCCAUAUGUGGAAAGAGCAAGAUGAUGGUGAUUACGAGCUUGUCCAAACAGAUAAAGUGAAGCCCAAGCCGAAGCCUAUUUUUAGAUGUAAGCAUACUUAUUUUUGAACUUGAAACUAGUUAUUCAUCUUGAAUUUAAAGAUAUGUGCUCGAAACAAUUUCGUAAUUAACAAUAAUUCCUCAUGACUUCUUGAGAAUAUUAGUUAUGAACCCCCCCCCCCCUGUAGUUAGAAGUCUCAAGCGCACGCUUCUGAUGGCAACGGGCUUCAGGCAGAGGCGUCGAUCCUGGGGGGGGGGGGAAGGGGGGGCGAUCGCCCCACCAAUGAAAAUAUUGGGGGGCAAACAUAUCAUUUUGCCCCCCCCCCCCAAUAAUUCCGGAUAUACCC